AGCGCUCGUUUCUUGUGUUGGUGUGAGAGUGUGUCGUUAGUAUAUAUAGUGUCUUCCUCCUUCCUCGUCUGCCUUUGCUCGGUAUUAUUAUUAAUUAUAUUAAUAAUAAUAUUAUUAAUAUUAAUUAAAUAAUAGAGAGGAGUGCAGUCCGCCUCGUUCGUCCAGUGCAUCUCUCUGCUGCAUAUUCGACCCCCUACUCUAUUUAGUCUUCCAAGCCAUGGCUCCCAACACCAGUACACUGGCUUCCAACGACGGUCUCAACGCCAACGCCUCCGCCGCCGCCCCUACUCCUUCUUCCCCUUCUUCUUCUUCUUCUUCUUCUUCCAAGGGCGGCGCGCCGGUGGGGGCAGCAACGGCCCGUGGCCCGCCCGCGACUUUUCCGCCGGAGUUAAUACAGAGCGGCAGUGUGGCCAGCGCUGAAGAGCUACUUCGCAUCAGAAUGGAAGGUCUCCUCAACGUCGACAUGGAGGAUCAGAGGUUUGCUGUUCUCAGCUACGAGCAGGUGCGUCAACUGAAUGAUUUGUUACACGAGGUGGUGCCCAUACACGGCAGAGGAAACUUCCCCACGCUGGAGAUCCGAUUGCGGGACUUGAUCUGUAUGGUCAGAACUAAGCUGGAAGCUGAUUCCAUGACAGUGCGCGACAUUCGCAUCAACGGAGGUGCUGCAUCCCACAUUUUGGCCACGGAUUCCGACCAGGCCUACAACGACCUCGACCUCAUCUUCGCCGUGGAUCUGAGCACGCCGCGCAACUACGACCGCGUGAAAAAUGCCGUUCUCGAAGUGCUGUUGGACUACUUGCCAGAGGGCGUGAGCAAGAAGCGAAUGUCGUCUUGCUCGAUGAAGGAAGGCUAUGUCAACAAAAUGGUGAAGGUGAAUGACACUGACCGAUGGUCACUCAUUUCUCUGUCCAACAAUGGAGGCAGAAACGUCGAACUCAAGUUCGUCGACAGCAUGAAGCGCCAGUUUGAGUUCUCUGUCGACUCCUUCCAGAUCGUUCUGGACUCCAUCUUGCUCUUUUACGACUGUGCGGAGAUGCCCAUGAGCGAGAACUUCUACCCAACCGUAGCGGGCGAGAGUGUGUACGGCGAUUUCAGCGAGGCCCUCUAUCACCUGCAGAAGAAGUUGAUAGCCACGAAGAGCCCCGAGGAGAUUCGAGGCGGUGGUCUGCUCAAGUACUGUAACCUGAUCGUGAAGGACUACGAACCCGCCCGCCCCGAGGAGAUCAAGACCCUCGAACGAUACAUGUGCUCUCGCUUCUUCAUAGACUUUCCUGACGUUCAACAGCAACAGACGAAACUCGAGGCCUAUUUGUGGAACCACUUCGUCGGGGAGGACGAGGCGUUGCGUUACGAAUACCUGAUGGUUCUGCACCGCGUCGUCGACGAGUCCACAGUCUGCCUGAUGGGGCACGAAAGACGCCAAACCCUCAACCUCAUCGACGAGCUCGCCUGUCAAGUCUUCUAUUCGGAACAGCAGAGAUUAUACGCCAAACAGCAACAGCAUUGUAGUAGCAGCAGCUGUAGCAGUAGCAGUAGCAGCUCCACAAGCAGCACUAGCAGCAGUUUCGACGUACACAUAGCACCUCCUCCUCCAGUCAUCUAUAGCAAUGGGUAUUACUAUGCCCCCAUCGUGCCAGCACCCGCGCCCCCACAGUCUUACACUUGCACGUGUGGGUGGUUGCAGUGCGCCUAGUGCACGUGCUCUGCCCGGGUCUUCUAAGGAUGGGCAUCAGUGCCCUCCGGAGUAUCAUGGCCCGUUCAGUGCCAACAGCAAACACCUGGUGACGUUAUGGUUGUGCCCACCUUCUGACUGCCCAAACCACCCCUCCCCCCUCUGAGACUUUUAUUGUGAAAAGGACUAGAGUAAGAAAAAGCAAACCUUUUGUGAAGGUUUUUUUAAGUAGUUGAUUCAAUCAACUCCCCCCUAAUAAUUUGUAGGUGACGGGCAGACGAGGUGGUUUCAGCAGGUGUUAUCAAAACUGCUGGUGGCAAAUUUGCAACAGCAGCAGUGGCAGGAGAGAUUUUAAUAGGGCUCUUAUGCCUGUUUAUACUGCUACUGCCCCUGCUGACCUGACAGCGAAUCCUGCUGUUUUAACAACCUAAUUGCCACUUGACUAUUGUGAUAUGUACAUGAGUGUGUUUCCACGCCAUAGCCACGAAAAGAGACUAUCAUUAUUUAAAUAAAAAUUAAAAUGCCGUACGCCAGCCAAAGGAGUAUUAAAAUGUCAAAAAGUUGAUGUGAGGAAGACUAACAGUUGAGGAACUGUUAAGUGUUGAAAUGACAUAAGAGAAAAAGAGCCCCCACGAUCAUGAUCAGCACACACGCAAAUAAUCAUUUUGCCGGCUGGAAGUUCGCCAGGGAGGAUGUAGUUCGCUUCUUUGCGCCCCCUUUGCCCAUCUCGUCAUAAUUGCAAGUCUCAUUUAUACCCAUAACGACGCCUGAACGGUCGUGUUAUUCAUUCACACACAACAGUGAGUGAGUUUGUCUUGUCAUAACUAGGAACUUUGGAAGCCUACGAUGUGUUAUCAGCCAGUUUGCACGAAGUACAAGAACCCGAGGUUACGGCUGUCAGAACGUGCACAAUAAAGGGAAGGAUACAAUGGGAAAGAAAAGGGUUAAAUGAAGCCAUUCAGUGCCAGUAAAAUGAACCAUGUCGUUUUUAGUUAUUUGAUUCCGGUAUUAUUCAACCGAUGUCGUAACUUGAAGUGUUGGAAGUGUUUUAAAGGUCGGUGCCAAAAAAGUAUACCUUAUUUGAGGCAAGUCUGUCAGUGUUGUUUAAGUGCUCACUCGCCCCCACCCUCAGCCCAACGUCAAGAGGCGCUGACACUCUUGAAGACCAGCUAAGAAAGGCUCUCCAUCCACCGACAGCCUCAAGUAUCUUACAACAGGAGGUGGUUUCCCCUGCAGCUACGCCUACAGGAUGAGACUGACCUGCCAUGACGUGAGGCCGCCUCCCGAUGGGUGCACGAACGCCCCUGUCCACCUGUUUCUCAUGCCCUGCGGAGGGGUAGACAUGGUGUUUGUACAGGGGGGCAUUGCACCCAGCAAGUCAUAGGUGGAACAGCCCUUCAUACUUCUGUCAUGAGGUUCUAGUUUGCUUGACCUCUGGAGUCUUGGAAGAUUAUAUUUCUCUGAAACGAGUCGAACAGAGUAAGUGGACCUUCGACGCAUCGAGGUGACGUCAAAACGUCAAAUGAACUUCAGUGAGCGAACAAGAGCGAAAAACUGAUUGUAGUGGGUCUACGUGUAUGGUAUAAUAUGUAAUGAUUUGUUUAUUUCUUAAUUGGGUUAGGUUCAUAGUGACGAUUUGUAAGACUGGCCAUACAUCUCGACAUCAUAAUCAUUCCACACGAACUGUUUCCAUCACUAAGAGCAGACAUUAGGUGAAACUUUUUAUUUUUUUAUCUGCAUGGCAGAUAAAAAGUUCACAUUGUGAAUGCUCCCCCCGUCUUCAUUUCUCUUCUUUUCCCUGUUAUCGCCUCUCCCAACUCCACGUAGGAGAAGAAGUGAGGAAUUUCCCUGAACGUCCUCCCUCCUUUGUAUUGUACAUAUGGUGGUUAUACUUAGACAGCAUAUUCAUGAUGACGGAAAUUUGCUUCAUUUAACACCAGCUCAUGAUAGAAGUAGAUUUUCGUAUGGUGCUUUUUGUUUUUCUGUCCAACUUCGAAACAUCAGUUUCGUCAUCGUUUCAGCUGUCCUCUGUAGGUUUUGAAAUCUUACAUUGUGUAAGGUGUUAGAUGCGAUAGUACUUAAUUUCAACUUGGUGAUGGAGAAUAGUUUCAUAACACUAUUAACAGGCCAAUGCAAGUUCGAAUAUGGGCGUCCUUUCUUUGUUGUUGACAGUUUAUAUACAGAGACGAUUGUUGGCCAGAGGCAACCUUGGGUUGAAGAUUACACAUAAAUAAGGCUUGUAGGCUUGAUUUAUUUUCUGUUCACUCCUAUUUAUUUAAGAGAAAGAAGGAAAGGCAGGCACGGUAGGCAUUUUUUGGGCGAGUGACUGACGAGGUGAGAAAAAAAUCUAGUACCUGAACCUUUUCACCCUGGCGAGCAAAACCAGCUGUGUCACAAAGCUAGGCUCACUGUAAGGCUAACAGAUGUCAAUGUCUUUAUAUCUACCUGUACGUGUGAAAGAUGUACGUAGAAUACAUAAUUUAGUCAUGCAUAUAAAUCUUGUCUGGCAAGGGAUAGGUAGAAAGUACUAGCUUCGGCAAUGGUAUGUAUAUCUUUUUUAAAAAGUCCACGGGCUUAACUUGCCCAUUUCACGAAGGUACAAAGUUGUAGGAGUGUGUGAGUUUGCUGCUGCAAAUGUCUCUUUUUGUAGCCAUCCAGUUCAUUGAUCAACAUUAGCUCUAAAUAAACAUUUCGACCAUUUUAUUCAUGCGAUGUAUAGACUUAAGUCAAUCUUGUAUAACUGUUGAAUGAAAGUUAAAUACUAGUGGUGUGGUGUGGAUCAGAUGUUUUAAAAAAUGUUGCAGUUAUAUUCCUCUAAAUGUGAUAAUAAAACCUUUACUGUGGAUGAAGCUAGUGCAUAGUUAGUAGUUACUACAAAAAUCGUUUGUGUUGCGAUACCUGUAUAGGUCUUGAUUUCUCUCAGCGGGACUACAUAUUAAUUAGAAGGAAAGCGUCAAGGAGUGUGAAUAAUAAUAACUCCCAGAGUUAAAAUAGCAAGCAUAAAUAGUCUGCUUUCUUAGUGAUAUACUAUAAUGAUUAAAUAUAAUUAAAUACUAAAAAUGCUAUUUUGGAAUUCACUUUUUCGAAGUAUUUUUCUAUCUGCACAAAUGAUGGUGGGUCGGUGGGCAUGACAUCUUUAUAGAUGCUGUAAUAAUUUCAUUCAGUGGUUCGUUGUUGCUAAAGUGAGUGAUUCGUUAAAUAAUUUCACCUUUAUUUAAAGGAAAGAAGAAACAUACUGUACUGUAUUUAGUUUUCCCUACUCCCAUGCGUUGAUAGAAAAUGCAGUGCGUCCAAAUGAGGGGGAACUACAUCAUAUUAUAGCUGUACAAUUGGUAUAGGCUUGCACCAUUUCUGUGAUAACCUUUGUGGGUCGAUUUUCUUUGAAAAGUCGCUUUUUUUUCAUGUGUAGCAAUUCGAUGGAUGUAAUGUUCCAAGUUCCGCAGUUGCAAAUUUUUGUCUCGUUCAAAGUUCCGCAGUUGCAAUUUUUCCUAACUUAAACGAGUACAACAAAAAUACCAUUAAAGAAGGCAGCCCCUUUUACUACUAGUAUCGUUGAAGAUUUCAUGCUCGAUGUCCCGCAUGCCCCCAUGCAAAACGCCAGAAUGCAAUCUCCUCGCAAGGAGGAUGCGAAGGUCGAGGAUGAGAGUGGAAUGAGUAUACUUGUAAAUCCUCUUAUAUAACAACGGCCGUAACAAUCGAAGUAAGCUUUCAUAAAACACGAGUAAGUCUUCUCUCGGCCCUUAUUUCAUGUCUUAGAACUUCACUAUCGAUGUGACUUGAUGCUUCCCUCUCGUCCUUGUCGUUUGCAUCUUUGUGAAGCGAGGUAAUGGCAUAUACGUACUUUUCGUUUAUUUUAUUUUUCAGUCAUUUUUAAGCCUAAUGGUGUUGCUUUAGGAGACUAUGGGACACUAGAAAUGAAUAAGUGUGUCCCAGUGAAAUGACAGUGAAGUUUAAGUAGUUUGUGUACGGAGAGAAAAGCAUUUUUUCCCCGCUCCAAACGGUUACCUUAACCUCGCCUGUCGAAUGAAUUUGGGAAGAAAAUAGGCACACUACUGAGCACUUGUGGUAUCACCUUAGCAAAGUGAUUGCAAAACAUUAGAUAUUUAAACUUUUUAAUAUUACAUAUACAUUCAGUAGAACUUUUAUUCUUUAGUGCUCUACUCGAAAAGAAAUAGGCUCCUGUCUCCCCACAGUAUAAGCUUACAAGGAUUUCCAAGAGUAGCGGUUGGUAUAGUGAGGGAGCGAAGCAGUAUAGUUACCACCGUAGGAGUUUGGUACUUAUCAGUACCCCCAUUUUCUUUUAUAUAUUUUUUUUGUAAGCUUCCGUCACAUGUUUUGUAGAUCUCAAACAAGAAUCGAUAUAUUGGAUUGUUUCCUCAAUAUCGUAAUGGGUUUCUUGUAAUUCAUUUUUAUUCAUCUCGCCUUCAUUUCAUUCAAAACCAUAUCAUUUUUAUACUGUUGGAACUUAUAUCAGUGUGUUCCAUUGAUAAAUGCAGUUAAGCACUUUUUCAUCUUAUUUUUAUAUGGAUUUCAGUUUUUAAAAUUAUCUUCAGCCUUUCAAACUUAACUGGUGCCUCAACAGCCAGACGACUAAGGAAUAUGUAUAUUUUUUUCUAUGAAUUAUUUUCUUCAGAUGUGUUACCUGUGGGUUUCUUUUUCUUGAAGUGUUUUGUUUACAGGUAAAUAUUAUAUCGGCAUCAGGGUUAUUUUUUCUUUUUUUAGGAUUCUUAAAUUUUACUUUUUCUGGCUGAACUGCAGUCAGGCCUGUAGGCAUCAGUAUUAUUAAAAGUGUAAAUAUCAUUCGUGGUGUCGAUUAAGCUGCACGAAAAUGGUUAAAUAUGAAAUUUGUAGAUUGUUGAUUUUCUUAAAUUUGCAGAAUGGAAAACUUUUGAAAUUGAUGUAUUGAUUUCGAAAAAAGUCAUGUCUUAAGAACUGAAGACGUGCGAGUUCAAUGAAGUAUAUUGUACAAAGAAGUGGAACCACAGGGUGUAUAGUAAAGAGGAAAUAUAUAUGUAAUUAUAUAUAUACAUUGUAAAUAUAUAACAAUAGAAAAUAACAACUUUUUAUGCAGCCAGGGCAGACAAUGAUUAUUUUUGAGUAUAUUAAGGCCAAACAAUUAAAUGAAAAAAUAAAAAAAAAAUAUCAUCCUUCCAUUCUGUUUAUAUACACGUACACGUAUAUUUGAUGCUGUUUUCCUAGAAUAUAAAACGCCAGUUAUUGUUGGUGUGCUGUGUUCUCGGCAAUGGCUGUUAGGGUAGGGUAUUUUAUUUAUUUGUUAAAUAUACUCAACCUUAUGGUUUUGCUCAUGUUUCAUAAUUAGCUUUUUCCAGAAUUUAUAUCUAAUUGCCUUUCUUUUGAGUGCAGAUGUGAUGCAUAAUGUAACUUUAUAAAAUAGGGACCAAAAAGUUUGAAAAGCUUUUAUUACUUUUUUGUUCUUUUUUAUCAAACGUCAUUUGGCAUGCCUUAAAAAUGUUUAGUUCAGUGUUCAGCAGGUUGAUUGAUGAAUGAAGGUGCCACACAAAUUGCCAAGUGAAAAUCCCAUUACCUUGUUCUUUUCCCUGAUGUGUACCAGGAGUGAAGUACAUUUAGCUUGAUCUUAUCUGGUGAUGUCAUCAGUUGUAUAAGUCGACCAAAGGUAGAAGUCGAGACUAUUAAAUGGUUCUUUUUAACACUUCAGAAGAAGCUCAGUGACUCAGAGAAUCUGAAUGUAGUUCUCCUGGAACAUGAAUAGGGAAAAGGAUAGGAAUCACUGGUAUAUAUAAGGAUCAUCAUGUAAAAACUAGGGCUGCUACAGAAUUUUGAAGCAAGGUUUCCAAUAUUAUGCAAAGAUGACGGAGCAUUAAUGUGUGGUGAGGGCAUGAGUCAUAGAAUGUGUAAUCUUCACUUGUGUACAUAUGUAAAAUUAACACUUUUACACUUAAUUGUUUACACUGUUCAAUUAAGCAUACUCUCACCACACACUCCGACUGAAGACCCUCUGUGGAAUAUCUUGUUGUCCUCAUCUACUACUACUACAAUUUAAACGUCUUAGAUGAUAGUUCACUUUCCUUUUGGAAGGUUGUUGCAUGCCAUUGACAGGAUUUUACUGUUAAAUGUGAACCCUAUAAUAGGUUUUGCACAAUCGCCCUAAUAAGCUUCAGAAGGUUCAAAAUGGGCGAUGUUGGAUUUCUUAGAUAUACUGUAUACUGUAUGCUGUAUAUACCGUAUGUAUAGGCAAGCAACUGCCCUUCCCUGUCUCCAGUGCCAACCAUCAGUAGUAGUGGCAGUAGCAGGCCGUGGCAGCACGAGUUAAAGCAGGCCUGUGGUGACAGGUAUUUGUGGGUCAUUUAAAUAUAUAUACAUGUGUGUGGAUUUAGUUAUGUUCCUGAAGAGGGGAUUUCUGAAUCUGUCAAUUUAUUUAAGAGUCCCUCUAUGUCAAGAGAUAAUUGUAUUGAAUAAAGAAGUUUGUCUAGUACUGCUGUAGUAGAGAGUGGAGGAGGAGUAAGCUGAAACCCACUUCUUACCUGGCUGAGUGCCAUUGCUGCUCACUGUUCUGAACAGUCUGCCAUGAUGUGUUGAUUUCUGCCAUACAUCAGAAGACAAAUUGUCUAGCUUGGAUGAGACUGCUUUUAAAUGAGGCUCCCAGUAAAUCUCUUUGUUUCCAUGCUGUCUAUCAGUUUUGACAGUUUUUCCUUAUGCAAGUUAGGUCUGGGAUUGAAAAGUUGUAAUGGCUGUUACAUUUUAAAAGUGAAUUAUAUUAUAUAAUGAAAGUAUAUUAAUUAUAAUAAUGCUGGUGUGUCAAAUCUAUUCUUAAAAGCCUUACUGUUGAUUAUUAUUAUCUGGUAUGUGAAGUCUGAAGUUCAAGCUGGACAGGUGUCUUAAUCUCAGGAUGUUCAAAUUUCUCACCAUAACCAUCUUGUAUUCUGGAUAUAAAUGCUAUGUAAAACUGUUAGUAUAAUGUAAAAAAAAAUGCUUUAAAAUCAUAAAUACAAAAAAGUUAGAAAAUUACAUUGCUCUAUUUUUGCUUUACUUGAGGGCAUAUAGGGUAUUAGAAAAUCCUGUAUGUGUUUUGAUGGGGAUGUAAUGAUGACAUACAUGAGGCUGUCAGGUUCAAGUAAACACACGCCAUUUUUUUUUAUUAUGAAAUGAAGCUUUUACCUGUGAUUUUUACAACUGUAUCAUUAUUAUGAAGAAAAAGGUUGUGUUUCCUAAGCUCGCUUUAGUUUGAUGUGAUCAUUUAUUUCGAGAACUGUUUUGGUGAAGUAAUUCACUCUCUUGUAUAAGUGCCAGUGGAUUGCUAUGCAAAAUCCAUAAGCAUUAUACCAAAAGUCAAUCCACUUAUUUUUGUGUGUUUACCCCAGACUCAACAACUGACAGCCAUAUAUUAUACGGUAACAAAAAAACAAAGAUCCAAUAAAAAUCAUAAAAUGUUUAAA